AUGAAGUUCUCCUCCGCUUUGGCUCUGCCAGCCCUUUUCCUCGGUGCCUUGGCCGCCCCAGUUGCGAAGCGCCAGCAGACCGUCGAUGUCACCCAGGUCACCGAGAUCGUCACUAGCUUGUUGACCAACGUCACUACCAUCACCGGCGCUAUCAACGCCACCUCAUUGACUGCUCCCAACGCCACUGCCAUCAUUGGCUUCCAGGUCGCCAGCCUCACCAAGGUUGUUUCCGAGAUUGUUGUCGAGGUCACCGAUGUUCUCGGRGACGCCCUUGAGAUCACCACCAGCACCGCUGGCGUCGCCACCGACAUCACCGGCACCGUCACUGGCACCGUCACUUCUACCGUCUCUGGCACCGUCGGCUCCGUGCUCAAGUCCCGCCAGAUCAUCGACGUCGGCAACCUUGUCGACCUCAACGAGGCCCUCUCCCUUGUCUUCACUGAGAUCAGCGCUACCCUUGAGUCUGUCGAGACCGUCAUCACCAUCCCUACCACCGUCCUUGUCACCCUUGGCGCCACCAUCAACUCUUUGACCUCUAUCCUCAGCAUCGUCACCGAUGUCACCAGCAUCGUGAACAACGUCGUUCCCACCAACGUUCUUGGACUCCUUGGACUGGCUUUGUAG